UGAUAAUUACUCGAUUACAAAUAACGAGCGUAAGAAGCGCGGAGAUCUCGCGAUACUUUCAAAAGAAUGAUUGGUGAACAGUGAUGUUACACAAGUUGUUUGGUAACAAGCAUGUUGUGAAAGCUUUGUGGUUGGUAACAUGUGCCCAUUGCUGCAGCCCGGUGUAGCGUGGAGGAGCAAGACAAUCUCUGUAGGUUAAAAAACUGCACUUUCGGCUUGAUAAAUCAGCAAGUUUAUCAACAGCGAAGUCUAUUUCCUGGUUUGGUUGUAGCACAGCUUCAUCUGUUCCAUCAAAAUGCCUGAGGGACCAGAGCUCCACCUGGCCAGCCUUUAUGUAAACAAAAUGUGUCAGGGAGUGGUGUUCACUGGACCGGUCAGAAAAUCUGAAGUCAGCAAAAGUCCCGAUGUGCCCUUCACCUGUGAGGCCUAUCGCAUCACAGCUGCUUCCAGAGGCAAGGAAGUGAAGCUCACGCUGACGCCCAUGAAGAGCGAUGGCCCUAAAGAGCGGGUGAAAGCAGGACAAGAACAACCCAUGGAAAUUGUCUUCCGCUUUGGAAUGUCUGGCUAUUUCCGUCUCACCACAGAGGAUGAGUUGCCCAAACACGCCCAUUUACGUUUUUAUUCCAACGAGACACCCUGCAGAGUGCUGAGCUUUGUGGAUGCACGCAGGUUUGGCAGCUGGCAUCCCAAUGGGGCCUGGCAGCCUGACAGAGGGCCCUGCAUCAUGUUUGAGUACAAGAGCUUCAGGGAGAACGUCGUGUCGCACCUGUCUGACCGUGCUUUUGACAGGCCCAUCUGUGAAGUUCUGCUCAAUCAGAAGUACUUCAAUGGUAUCGGGAACUAUCUGAGGGCCGAAAUCCUUUUCAGGUUGAACAUUCCGCCCUUCGUGUCUGCCAGGACCGUGCUCGAAGGCCUCGAGUCAGAAGAUUUAUGUGAAAGUGGCAAGUCUGUGAAAAAUGAGAUUGCUGACUCAAAGACGUCAGACAGAGCUAAAAACAAAGGAGUGAAAGUGGAGAUGGGGGACCUGCUCAGACUGUGUCAUACAGUACCUCUGGAGGUGGUCAACCUAGGUGGAAAGGGCUAUGACCCUGAGAAGGCAGACUACUCUGACUUUGAGGCGUGGCUGCAGUGUUAUUAUGUGGAUGGAAUGAAAUCUAUCCGGGACCACAAUGGCAGAACGAUGUGGUUCAAAGGGGACCCAGGCCCCAUGGCACCUAAAGAUUCAAAGUCCCCCAGGGCAAAAAAGAGAGCAAAGAAAGAAGAUGACCAUGAUUACACAGACAACAAAAAGUUGGCCAGGAGUCGCUCUGAAAGCACAACGAAGAAAAGAGUGGUUAAACAGGAAACUGUGACCAAAAUACCAAAAAAAGAAAAGGAUGGAGGUUGGAAGGAAGCCAGAUCAAAGAAAAAACUGACCGAAAACAGCCGGGAAGUAAACACACUACAGCACGAGAAGCGAUCAACUGCACGUAGGAGGGCAGGCAGCAGUGCAGCGCCAACUGCAGGUGAGCUCUUCAUUUUCUCCCAAAGUGAAAAGUUGUUUCAACUGAGGGAAUUUUAGAACCAAUUUUGAUCUAAUGGAUUCCUCCUUGUUGCAGGCUCACUGAGGCGGAGCAGCAGAGUUACCAGACAGAACGAGUAAUAAAAAUGGGGAAUGGGGGAAAAAGGGAGGCAUGUUUUUAAGUUUUUAUACUAUUAACUGUUUUUUAAUAAAAACACACUACGACAAAA